UACCGCCCCCGCAAGAAGGCCCGCCUGGUGCCCCCCUGCGGCUCCCGGACGCCCUCGCCCGGGGGCACGGGCGGCCCCCCCCGCCGCAAGCGCCGCCCGGCCGUCAAGCUGCUGUCGUCGACGCGGCUCCGGAUCACGGUGUCGGCGACGCCCAAGCGGAAGCGGGGCGAGCGGCCGAGGAAGGGCGCGGGCGGCAGGAAGAAGAAGGGCGCCGCCGCCGCCUCGUCCUCCUCCUCGUCUGCGCCUUCGUCGUCGUCGUCGUCGUCGUCCUUCGCCUUCGGCUCGUCGUCGUCCUCGUCCUCCUCGUCUUCGUCUCCGAAGGCGCGGGGAAGGAAGGGCGGCGCCAAGGCCUCCAGGAAGGGCGGCUCCGGCCGGGGCGCGAGAGGCGGCGCCGGAGGGAGACACAAGAAGACCUCCUCCUCCUCCUCCUCCUCCUCCUCCUUCUUCGCCUCCUCCUCCUCGACCCUCACCCCCCCGACGCCCCCCUCGCCCUCCCCCCCGUCGCCCGAGUCGUCCGCCGCCUCCGCCUUCUUCCUGGACGACCACGCCCACACGCACCCCGACGAAGGCCCGACCACAAGUCUCAGCAGCGCCCUCAUAGGCUGCUGCUCCUCCUCGGUCCUCGACACGCCCACGCCCUCGCCGGAGCCCGUGGACGCCGCCCACACGCCCACGCGGGACGCCCACCACGACAGCCUCGGGGACCUCGCCUACCUGGCCGACAUUCUGCAGAUGACUCCCGAAUUCCCGGUGGACCUCGACCUGACGCCCGAGCUCGACCUCGACUCCUGCUCGUCCUCGACCUCGACCUCGGCCUCGGGAUCGCACUUCGAGUUCUCCUGCACUCCUGACGUUGCCGACGCUCUCUGCGACGUCGGGCUGACGGUGUCCGACUGGCUCGACCCUUCUCUCAACAGCUUCAUCAACAGCUAAACGUCAGGAGAGGGAGAGAGGAAGAAAGAGGGAGAAGAAGUGGAGUGGAGAAGAGAGGGCGAGAAAGGAGGAGAGAGAGAGAGAAAGUGGAGUGGAAGAAGGAGGAAGAAAAGAAGAGAGGAAGCGCGUUAAAAGGAGAAGAAGGAGGUAAGAGUGACAGCGAGGAAGAGAGUGAGAGUCUCAGGAGAAAGGGAAGCGUGAGAGAGAGCAGUCGGUCGAGUCGAUAGAAAGUUUUUUGUGUCGAGUUUUGUGGUUAUCGAGAGGCACGAAAAGAAAGCAAAAGAACAGAUAUAAAAAGAGAUUGAAAGAAGGAAAAAAAAUAUUGAUUUCGUCAGCCUUCGUGGAUAAUGGAAGUCAGGAAUGGACUUGUAUAUUUCUCAAGACUGGAAUCACAGAGAAGGGUGAGGGAGGGAGGGGGAGGGGGAGGGAGAGAGAGGGGUUUCAUCCCCCCUCUUUAAUUCCCGUCUUACCCCCCUCCCCCUCUUUUUUUCUAUCAGCACCCUCAGCCUGUGUCAGUCACGAAGAGAAAUCAACAACAGUGUCAGCAGGAGUGAAAGUUGUCAUUGCUAAUUCUGAAGUAGCCUGUCACAUCUCUUUGUCACCAAGGAUAUUCAUUUUUUUAUUACUCUUAUCUGUUAAGAAAAUCCGUAUCUCUUUCUUGCCUUUACUGAGAAAAGAAUUAUAUUUUUUCUUUUCUUGUCAGGAGAAGCUUAUGUUUGUUCCUUCGUUUCCACUGUCAAGAAAAUUAAUGUAUAUAUCAUCCACUUGUCAAAAAAAAAUGUUCUGUGAAGAAAAUCGUGAAGGUUUUUCAUCAGCUGGUCAAGAAAACUGCCAAAUCUUCCUGGCAGUGAUUCCAGAAGCUUCUAGAACCGCCUGGAACCUCUCUGACAGCGGAUGGAACCGGAAGUCAUUCAGCACGUGAGUUCUCGAGGAAGACUUCGGAAAACGGUACAGGCGGUAAAUACAAAUUGGUUAUUUUUUUUCAAAAUGUCUUUCUAUGUAUUGUGUCCUUUUUGGCAUCUGCUUUCUAUGUCUCGCCCUUCGAGGAAAGUCUGGCUGGUCCCAGAAUUCCCUCGUCUCUUUCUCUUUAUGAAAAAAAGGAAAGGAAAAGAAAGAGAAACUUAUUUUGAUACAGAAAUAAAGAAAUCCCAGAUGCCAAAAAGUAACCGGUUUCUUCUUCUAAGCCAGAAGAUGAAUGUCAGUUUUAUGUUGUUGUUUUCUCUGUAUGAAUCCCACACUUCAUGCUCAUCCACACAUUCAUUUUAGAGGCAUUACAGCUGCGAAAAAUAUC